AUGCUCAAGUUCUUAGAGGUGAAGAAGUUGGCUGAUGAGGUCACAGGUGAGAGUGACGUUGGAGAUGAUGAAGAAGUUGAAGAAGAGCUUGCUGACUUGAUACAUGACUUACACAAGCAUUCCAUCAAGUCUAAAAAGGCUUGUCACAUGGCUUCAAAGUCAAGCGGCAGGAUACCAUGCCAAGGCUCCGGCUUUAAAAGAAAAAGUACCACUUGCAGCAAAAACCCAAAAAUGAUUGAUGCCUUGGAGCCUGACUUCUUGCUGUACACCAACGAGUAUCAAGAAGAAUAUGACUUGCUUUCGGUCGAAGUCAAGAAGCCUGACGCCAAGGUCUCUCAGGCCUUGAGCGAUCUUUCAGAGAUGGCUCUUGAGCUGAAGAAAAUGAUUGACCAUCAUGUCCUUCUGGGAGUCUCGUCUCCUAAAUCUUUUGGUCUUGUUGUUGCUGGUGUUCGCUGUGAUGUCUUUUUUUGUUCAUUAAAUAGCCAUGGGCUAUACAAGUUCUUUGAACUUGAGAGGUUCUAUUUGCCUCGCGAUCAAUUUGGUUUUGCAAUAGUUCCUGCUGUCAUCAUCACUUUGUUGAGACUGAAGGCAAGUUUACGUUGUUGUUUGACCCAUUCAUUAUUCACUAACACAUCAAUUUUAAAGAACUUGGUGGACAGGGAUGCUGCUGAACUCAACAAGAAGUCAAGAACAGAUUUGUCUUCGUCCUUGUUGGCCAAUUUGAUUGAAACAAAAAAGGGACUAAGCUACUCUUCUUUAAAUGUAAUCGUCUAUAUUGCAGCAAAUCAAUGGGAAAAAUAUUUGGCUCGUAUUGAAGAAUUGUGUGCAAGCAAGUGGCUCAAGCAAUGCAAGCGCACUUCUGAAGGCUUACUUAUGAGCCAAACUCGUGAGUGUCAUCGUCAUGGUCACUCUACGCCAUUCAGAUCCUCAAGAAUCAGUUCAAAGGAUUCUAAGAAAGUUGGAUUUAAAGCUGCUUUAAGUAUCUUGCAGUUUAAGAAUGACUCUUUAGUCGUUCAAAUCAAAGUACCAAUAGGUCAUGGAUUUCAUGUUCCCAGAGAAGAAGGAGAUUUCCGAACUCUUCCUUUGACUACAGAAACAGUUCAGAUCAAAGAGAGUCUUUAUCGUUUCGAUACAAAUGAUUUUGUAUCACUCAACAUCUGGCUUAAUCGUCACUUGCCGCUUAAGAACUAUGCCAUUGAAAACUGCAAUAUCCAACUGUACAACAGCGAUGAUAGAAUCUUUGUUCGUGGUUCUCCAUCUCUUGUUCGAACCAUUCAAUCAAUGUCUAACAUUUUUGAAGUAACAAGGUGCGUCAAUCCGGAGACAAUCACCAUUGAUUACUAUGUGGCAGAACUCAAUACCAUUCGUAACGUACUGGAAGGCGUCUAUGUCUAUUAUUGUGGAUUUCAUGUCCUCAAAGUUUGGAGAAAAGCAUUAGAUCGCAAGAUCAAGUUAAGUGGUGCUCACACUCAAGAAGAAGUGGGCACUUACAAGAAGCAGUUGGAAGGGUUAAUCACCCAACUUCUUCAUGAAGUAUAA